ACCUGAAGAGAAGAGAAAAAGGCCAGACAGAGGAGAAAGUCCUCACACAUUUAGCUGUCCUUCUGUUUCAUGUCAGUCUAGUGCUGCAGUAACGGCUGCGGAUCUGGUACUGUCAUCAUUAACUAGAUUGUUUCUUACAAUGCAAUGGCAAACGUUUAUAUUGUUUUACUUUGGGCCAUAAAUCAGCUUGCAGAGUGAAUUGCGCUGCACCUUAACCUCUGGGAAAGUAAAACAGAGUGGAAGAGCUCUGUCUCGGCUUUAUUGUUUGUCUCAACUUUGCAAAAGCAGGUGUUAUGGAUCUACAGUAUUUCCUGUGCUGGAGAGUUGCCCCACUGCUUCUCUUGAUGCCAUGUGGGCUCCAGUGUAUGUCAGUGCACAUCCUCAAUGAGGGGCCCGUCUAUGUAAUCCCCGGCUCCAGUCUGGUUCUCCGGGCCCGGAUCGAGUAUGAAACCCUGGAAGAGGUCUCCACGGUAACCUGGGAACGGGAGCCCGAAAGUGGAACUCCCAAGAAAGAGACACUGGCUACGUGCCCUAGCGGAAGCCCCAAGUGUGCUGUAACAAGGCCAAGCGUCCGUGUGAACGUGGAGCAGCAGGAGAUGACACUUCAGAUCAGUGAAUACCGCAGAGCAGACAGCGGCGUGUUCGCUGUGACUGUGACAGAUCACGCAGGAGCCAAGACCACUGCACACUGCAUUGUCAGGGAAUAUGAGGAAGUGCACCACGUCUCGGUCAGCAUCAACGUGUCUCACUCAUUGCUGGUUUGCGGCGAGGCCUGGGGGACUGACCCCCACUUCAGCUGGCUCCAUGAGAGGGUUGCCAUCACCAAGUCUGUGGGAAUGGUCUCCAAAGAUGGAACAACAUUGUUUGUGACCAUGGCUCCCAUUUGUGGCCACUUCACCUGCAUGGUCAGCAACAAGCGGAGCCACAGUUCUGCCACCUACACUGCAGCACCUUGUGAGACAGAGAGCAGAGGGACAACGGCGGCUGUAGUGUGUCUGGUUCUCCUGCUGUUGUUUGGAGGAGUGCUGGCUUUUCUGCUGUGGAGGAGACACAGGCACAAUAACAGAGGAGAAAGGCUGCAUGAACAUUUGGAUGACACCAUCUGAAAAAAGGCCCAAACACUAAAAAAAAAAAAAACAACAAAAAAACACUUCUGUUACUCAAGAGGUCUCAGAGAGGAGAACUGGAAAUGUAGUGGACUAUGAGGGAGGAACUUCCUGUCCUGUGAGCAGUAUGACCUUACACUGCAGUGGAACAAUGUGAAGAGUGAACUGCUUGCUGGCUAGUUGAAACAUAUCUAAAAAUGGAUAUUCAGCUUGAAGUGCCAGCGAUGUCUUUCCACUGCCUCCUGCUGGACUGUGUAUUUAAUAAAAUAAUCAUUUUGUAA